GGAUCAAAUCUAGUGUAUGAAUUGGUCAAGGAUUCAUGAAGUCACCCCAUUGUGUAAUCUCAUCACAGGAAGUGUUUGGAUCACUACACUGAGCUCAAUAUCAAGGCUAAGGGUGCGUUACAAACAAGUAAUCUGACAGAACUGGUCCUCCAGAGGUAAUUUACAAACGUACCAUAAGAUAAAGACAACGAGUUGGAAAUUCCACAAGAUGUGGAGCAUAGCUGCAUUGGUGUUAGUGCUGACAGGGUCUGUCUCUUGCUACAUCACGUGCCCUGGUGGGAAGGUCUGCUCUGAUCAAACAACCUGUUGUUUGACUAAAGGAGGAUAUGCCUGCUGUCCAGUUCCCAAUGCGGUGUGUUGCUCUGACAUGGCCCACUGUUGCCCGUCAGGCUUCAACUGCAAUGCCAUCACCCAGAAGUGUGAGAAAGGCAACCAUCCAUGGAGCAGUGUGGCCAUGCUGAACAAGGUGGCUGCAGAGGAACCAAGCUCUCCUGUCUCUGCUCCGCUCGAAUCUGACAGCAGCCCUGUCCAGAGCAAUGCAAUGGAGAGCUCCAUGGUCGGCAAGGUGCAAUGUGACAACUAUUAUGCUUGUCCCGACGGCACCACCUGCUGCCACCAUCCCACAGGCCUGUGGUUCUGCUGUCCUUACUCUCCUGGUAGGUGCUGUCUAGAUGGGUACCACUGCUGUCCCUAUGGCUAUGACUGUGACCCCACAUACACGAAGUGUGUGAGGUACGGCAGCCUGAGGUACCCUUUUGCUCCGAGGCAGGCCCCUUCAAUGAUCGAAGCCAUCAAGGUCUCCAAACCGGAAAACAAGGUCCAUGAUCAGCAGGUCUCAUGGACAGCUCUAGUUCAGGCCGCUGACAGCACGCCACAGGCUGGAGUCACUCACUGUGACACUAAAUUCUAUUGUCCUUCUGCAACCAGCUGCUGCAAGGGACCUAAUGGCAAAUGGGGAUGUUGCCCAUUCCCACUGGCAAAGUGUUGUGCGGAUGGCCUGCAUUGCUGUGAAUAUGGAUACACCUGUGACCCAAACUCAUACAAGUGCAGGAAAUGGUACUCUCAGAUUCCUUCAGGUCUGAAGGAUGAUGCAAAUCAGGACUGACACUAUUUCAAAUGAUUUAUGAUCUUGUCACUGUACUGACAUUGGAUUGUACCCUUUUUGUGAAUGCAUUUGAAUUUAACCUUGCACUGAUGAAUACAAGAAUGUUAAAUCAUUUCACCCAAUCAUUAAAAUGUUUCCUUGUUGAGUA